UUGAGUCGGCAAAGGUAUUUGGCAGACUUGACUGAGAGCAGCCACACCGCGACCAGCGGUUCUCUGUUCCCGACAGAAAGCGACAUGGCCAAAGUCCCCGACCUGUUUGAAGACCUGAAGAACUGUUACAGUGAAAAUGAAGAAUUCAGCUCUGAAAUGGAACAUGUCUCUCUUACUCAGAAAUCUUUCUAUGAUGCAAGCUAUGGGCCACUUCAUGAAAACCACAUGGACAAAUAUAUGUCUUUGAGUACCUCAGAAAACUCGAAGACAUCUAACUUUACUCUCAAGGAGAGCAUGGUGAUGGUGGAGACCCACGGGAAGAUUCUGAAGAAGAGGAGGCUGAGUUUUAAUCAGUUUCUCACUGACGAGGACCUGAAAGUCAUUGCCAAUUCCAAUGCAGUACCAGAGGAAGAAAUCAAGCCCAGGUCUGUCCCUUACAACUUGAGGAGCAAUGUGAAAUACAACUUUAUAACAAACAAAGGCCAAUUCACCCUAAAGGAUAUCCUCAAACAAAGUAUCGUUCAAGAAAACAAAUACCUCCAUGCUACUGCGAUACAGGAUGUGAAUGCUGAAGUGAAAUUUGACUUGGGCACAUAUAUAGCAGACGAUGAUUCUGAAAUACCUGUGACAUUAAGAAUCUCCAAAACUCAGUUAUUUGUAAGUGCCCAAAAUGAAGAUGAACCUGUGUUGCUAAAGGAGUUUCGUGAGACACCCAAAACGAUCAGAGAAGAAACCAACAUCCUCUUCAUCAUGGAAAAUUAUGGUAGUACAAGUUGCUUCAAAUCAGUUGCCUAUCCAGACUUGUAUAUUGCCACAAAAGAAGAUCACUUCGUGCACAUGGCAAAAGGACAUCCAUCUCUUGUUGACUUUUUUGUGUUGGAGAGCUAAUCUUAACACUGAAGUUUAC